AUGAUGAUUCGUUUAUCCAGUAAGCACAUCUACAGAUCACUCAUCAGAUCGCCUAUUAAUUUUCAACGUUUCAACUCGACUACUUCCCCACUCGAUCGUUACAAAGAAAAACUUGAGCAGAAGGCUAAAGAAGUCGGUGCAGGAUCAGUCCAAGAGUUGCAAGUUAAGCUCAAAGACGAGAUAGAACAGAAGAAAAAGGAUUUAAACAAAAUUGAUCCCUUAAAGGAACUUGAAGAUUACGAAAGAAGACAAGCCGAAGAAAUUGCAAAGGAAAGAGAUGCUAAUACAAUAAAAGUUAGAUCUCCAAUAUCUAAAGAUACCCCAAAACUCCCAUACAAGACCAUGUCCUCCUUUGUAGAUGUAGAGAAGAUUCAGGAAUUACCAUCCAAGGAGGUUGAAUUUCUUUGGAGAGCAAGAUUCCAAAAUAGAGAAAGAAACAUUCACGCUAUAUUGAACAAUUUGCAAUUCGCAAAAAUCUAUGCUGCUGCUUUCAAGAACCCGAAUUUCAUUCUUCCAUUGCCUCGAGCUUCAGCUCAAACUGAAGAUGGUAGUACCGGUUAUGAAAUGCAUUUUGUGCAAUGGUCAUUUGUAGGCCCCCAGACCACUUAUUGUAUGAUUACUACAGUAGCUGAAUAUAAACUUCAUAAAGAAUUCGCCAAACCUCACACGACGUUGAUGUUCCACCAAGAUAUUUCCAAUACACACGACUUAGUACUCAUGAAUGGGCAACUUGAACAGGAAGCAAACUUAACUUUGGAUGAAGCGACAUUGUUAGUCUUGAAUGUACAAAGAUUUUAUGGUGGGAUUGGAGACCAAGAAGGUGCUAAGAGAAAAGCAGAAUUAUUGCAUCACUUUACAAUUGGCUCUUCAGAAUUUGAUAUUGAAAAGUUGAUUGCUGAAGCUUCAUCAAUGGACUAA